AUGGAAAAAGACAACGAGAAGAAAGAUGAAGAAAAAGUGAAAAAGGUUGAUGGGGAAAAAGACGAAGAGAAGAAAGGGGAGGAAAAAAGAACACCAGUGAUGAGGAUGGAGGAAAAAGACCAACAGAAGGAUUUAAACCCGAUUGUGACACCUGCCUCCGAUGAAGAUGAGAAGAAAGCCAUUUUGCAGUUGCCGACGGAAACACAGAAAAAAGCAAAAGCAUCGACACAGAUGACUGUAAACAUUACUCAGGAGGAGAAGAAAGAGAAGACAGAGACUGAGGAGGAAACACAAGCUAGCAAUCUUCAACUGUAAUUUGAUGUCGCUAAGAGUCACUCAUUCAUGGAUCUCAUCGUUGGAUAGC